AUGGUAGAAUUACCUUCACAGAAGGUAUAUGCUGAAUUCGUAAAGGGAAAAAGAGGUUGUACACUGAAGAGUGGACAAGGGAGGAGGGAAGAAGUGGAGAGAGAUCUGAAAUUCGUCUUAGUAAAUGCAUGCAAAAUUAAUGAUAGCACCUUGGCCAAUAGAGUUGUACAGAACUAUUGUUACGCAUGUAACGGAAGUAGAGUUGACACGUUGUCCGACAGUGAGCGCUGUAAUUUCCUAUUCUAUUGGUUGGGUGAUGUUAUAAUAAGGGAAAAGAAGAAUGACAACUAUUCAUUCGAGAUUGCCAUGAAAGCAAUAUAUAAUAAUUUCCCUUAUUCAAAAUUCCAAGAUGGGUGCACUAAUUUAUAUCCUCAAAUUAGCAAAGACUUGUUUGAAAAGAUUAAAGUGCUGUUUGAUUUCAACUACAAUUAUAAAAUCCUAAAGAAACAAGCUGGAAAUUGUGACCAUGCCACUUGUAAAAAGUUAGCGGACGAAUUGAGAGAUGCUUCAAGUGCAUAUGACAGUAUAAGUGGUGUUUGUGAUGAGGAGCCAACGAAUUCGUAUUGUACUAAAUUUUUAGCAGAGAAGGGAGAGGUGGAGGGGGAAUUCGCACAACCGAAGGAAUCAAAGUGCUCCGAAGCAAAGGAAACAAUACAAACGCAAGUCAAACUAACGAACGAGCACUUGGAGCGUUUGGAUUCGAAUUUGCUCUAUUACAGAAGGUUCACGGAAGAUCUCGAAUAUUGUGAUACUUCCUGUUUCCCCAGCAGAAAAAAAAUUGCAGACCAAUUAAAAGAAUAUUUUAUUAAUGAACAAUAUGCUAAUUUAAUUGCUAGAUUAUUGUGCAAAAUAUCUGCUCUAUUAGAAGAAGGUCAGGCUGAUAGUAAAAUUUGUACAUUUUUUAAUUACUGGCUGCAACAUAUAUUAUCUGACAAGUUGAAUGGAGACACCUCAUUUUCGACACUGGUGGAAGCAAUUAACAAAGAGCUUAGUGGUAUUGAGCAUAAAAAUAAAUGUGAACUAACGGACAUAGACACCAAUAAUAUUCCUUUCCAUCGAAGAAAAGUAUUAUUAGAGUACUCUGUGGAUUAUGAUAGAAUAAACAGCGAUUUGACGAGGUUUGGUUCCCCUAAACCUUCUUGCAGUAAAAAAUAUCACAAGCACCUUCAGGCCAUUGUUGACGCUUAUAAAGCAGCGUAUUCGCCCUGCCACCGUGAAAGUAGCACAAAUUGCGAUGAUUUUAAGGAAGUAUUUAAAAAAAACGACAAUAGGGACACAUUAACAUUAGAAUGUCAGCCUCUGUCUGAUAAGGAGGAGUCUGCCUUAGGUGAGAAGGACGACGAGAAUGAUCUUCGCACUCUUCUUUCUAAAGGUGGUGGUGAGCUGCCUCCUGACGAUCAAACUGAAAGGUGCACUGAAAUGAUGAGUGGUGGGACAACCACCUCUGGGGAAAAUACCACUGCUGCUCCAAUUCUGUCUUCCGUAUUUGGUACACUAAUAGGAGUACCUGCCUUUGUAUUUUUAUUAUAUAAGUACAAUUCUUUAUUCUCUGGAAUACUUAACAACUUUGGAGGUAGCAAUAAAAAUAGAAGAAAAAGAACAGCAGCUGUUGAAAGCGACUUUGAUGACACAUUGACAAACGAUGGAACAGACACUUCUACACUAUAUUCAACAAUAACGGAUGAUUCUACCAUCUAUAAUGAACAGCCACCAGACAGAAGAGGAGCAGGAAAUAAUAAUGCACGACAGAAGAGAAAUGUAGCCUAUCAACGUAUGUAA